AUGGGAAAAAAUUACUAUUGUGAGUUUUGUGAACGCAGCUUUGCUGAUAUAUUAUCGAUUCGAAAAAAACAUAUCUUAUCAACUCAGCACCAAAGAAUGCGAAAGCUUCAUUAUGACUCUUACAAAGAUGCUGCUUCCAUUUUAAAUGAAGAAUCACAAAAAAAUCCUUGCAACCGUUUUUUUCAGACUGUUAUGUUUUCUAUAUUAAGUUAUAUGUUUUCUAUAUUAACUUAUAUGGUUUCUAUAUUAAAUUAUGUUUUCUAUAUUAAGUUCUAUGUUUUCUAUAUUAAGUUGUUUUUAAGCUCUACCACAAGUUUAAGACUAUCUAUGAACAUUGGACAUUGUGAUUUUGGAGAACAUUGUCGUUUUUCACAUAAAAAUGUCACCAUCCUUCAACAGCAAGUUGAGCAAGAGCGCCAGCAAACAAUGAGCAUCAAUUGGGAAGAAAUUGAAAAGUGGGUGGAGAAAUGGAAAAAAAAGUUUCAGCCUAAAGAUCAAGAGACUUAUCGACUUCCGCAUGGUUUUCUUUCUCCUGAUCAACUUCCACCAUCUUUGCAACCACCUCUUGAAAAUAUAAAUUUACAACCUUUAAAUUGGGGAGAAUAA